AUGCCCUCGCCGCGGCUAGACGGGGAGGACCUGGUCGCCACCGAGCACUGCGACAGGGACGGCGCUGGCGCGCCGACGACGGGGGCGACCCCGUCUGGCAACGCCCGCGCGGGGUCCAGCAGCGCCCCCAGCAUCGGCGAGGAGGAGGAGAGCGUCGGAGACCUCCGCCUCGCGCUCGCCCGCCUCGAGAGCCAGGCCGCGGAGCUCGAGGCGGAGGCGAGGUGGCUCGAGAGGCAGGGCGCCAAGGGCGCGGUCCCAGGCGGGGGCGUAGGCCCCUUCGCCUUCCAGGAGGCGGGCGUGCUGAGGAACGGGCUGCAGAACCCCGUGAAGCCGCCGUGCCCAGACCCCGAGGCCCGCGCCUCUCGACGCCCCGCCGGAGGGUGCCGGGGGGUGCCGGGCCCGAGAGCGGCCUCGCGCCAGGGCUGGCCCGAGGCAGGAUCGGCGCCACCUGCAGCGAUCCGCUGCGGUCGGGCCGAGGCGACCGACGGCAAGAUGCUGGAGGAGCUCGACGUGACGAAGCGCAUACUCGAGCAGCUCGUCGGCAAGGUCGACAAGCUCUACCAGGAGGGUCCGAGGGGAAGAAGAAGGCUCGAUUCUACCAUCAGCAAGGAGGCGGACAUGCUGCGCCGUGCCGAGACCGAGGCCAACCGAGACGAGAACGACGACGUGCUCGCCAACAGUGUCCUCGCCAUGGCUCCGCCUCUGCAGGCGCUCGUGUACCUCUUCGCCUUCUCCGGCAUCGUCUUCACGCUCGUGUUCCCAGCGCUGGAGAAGAGCGGAAGUGUUCGCCGCCUGGUGGGAGCAGGUGGCGAUGAUCUCGCGGGGGCGGAGGGUCGCCGCCUGGGUGGGCCGGCCGGCGGAGUCAUAGUCGCAGUGUGCUAUUCUACGCUCGGAGCGGGGCUGAUGGCGCUGAUCGUCAGCUUUCUGAGGCAGCCGAUCUUGAUCGGCUACAUCCUGGGCGGUGUCCUGGUGGGCCCCAAUGGCCUGGCCCUGGUCGACGAUUACCUGGAGAUCUUGACCAUCAUGGACCUGGGCCUCGUGCUGCUGCUGUUCAUGAUCGGUCUCGAAGUAGACCUGCAUGCCCUGAUUCACAUGAACAAGAUGACCUGCGUCACGGGAUUCCUCCAGUUCCCCAUUUGCGCGGGUAUUCACCUGCUUGCCUUCUGGCUAAUCAGUUUGGGCGGUGCCAACUUUGGUAGCGGCAAAUGGAGCCUAGGUUACCUCGCCGUCGCUUGUGGCGCCUCGUCAACCAUGAUUGUAGUGAAAACGCUGUCUCACAAGAUGGAGACAGACACUGGAGCUGGAAAGUUUACCCUGGGGAUUCUUCUCUUCCAAGAUUUCUGGGCGUUUCUGAUGAUUGCGGUCCAGGGCAAUAUCGAGGAUCCAGUGUUCCUCGACAUCUUGAAGGAUUUCGCCUUCAUGGGCGUGUUGAUAAACGUCUCCUUCUUGUACGCUAAGUAUGUCCUGCCGCCGAUAUUCCAAAGGGCAUCUGGGUCCACAGAGCUCAUGCUGGUGCUAGCUCUGGCCUGGUGCUUUUUUCUUUGUUGCGGAGCAGCGCUUCCUUUCAUCAAUCUUUCUAUCGAGGUUGCCGCAUUCAUCGGUGGCGUAUCAAUGGCAACUUUCCCAUUCAAUGCAGAACUCAAUUCGAAAAUUAAGUACAUCCGGGACUAUUUCAUCACGCUGUAUUUCGUGGGGGUUGGCAUGCAAAUGAUUUUGCCAUCUGGCGAGAUGCUCGUCUGCAUCAUUUGUGUUACUGUAGUGGUGCUUCUUACGCGUUGGGUUGGUAUCUUUUUCGUUUCGAUUGUCCAAGGCUCUGGCCCCCGUCUGGCCAUUCUGGCCACGCUCAAUCUCUCCCAGUGCAGUGAGUUUGGCCUCGUGCUCUGCACACUUGGUCGGAAACUCGGGCAUAUCGACGACGAAACAAUGUCGAUCGCGAUUUGGGUAUUUGCCGUUCUUGCGGGCUCUGCUUCGUACAUCAUCGGCUACAACCACAGCUUGUACCACGCAUUCAUGCAUAAAAGCCGGGCCUUGCCGCAAGGUAGCCGCUUGAGGCGCGUCUUCGGUGGCGACGAAGGUCAGCUCGAAGAUGACGAGGACGCGGAGGAGCGCGAUAUUGUCUUCCUCGGUUUCCAUAAGAUUGCAGCUGCGCUCAUCGCUGAGUUUGAGCAUAAGGCGCCGCAGAUCAUGCGCAAGCUUCUGGUUCUCGACCACAAGAACGGGUUGAAGGAACCGCUGCACGCCAAGAAGGUCGCUUUCUCGGCUUGCGACGUCACCGCGGCGGAUACGAUAAGGGCAUGUGUGAAGCAGCGAGUCGACCUGGUGCUGAUUACUAUCCCCGACUACAUCAUCACCGGCGUCUCGAACGAGCGGCUGCUGAUGACCGCGCGUGAGGUGUGGCCCGACUGUCACAUCAUCGUCAUCGCAGACGAGCCCAAGCAGAUACGGCGACUGUACGACAAGGGCGCAAACUAUGUCCUGGCGACGAAGAAGCUGAGCGCCGAGCGGAUCGCUGGCAUGCUGACGGAGCACUACUCCGAUGGCACAGGAGGCGAGCUGAAACACCACCUGGCAUUUCACCGCCACCGCGAGUCCGAGUGGCGCGCGAAGCUCAUCGACCUGAACCUCGGACCGCAAGACUUUUAA